CUUCGCCGGAGAGCUGGCGAGGUAAGCUGCCCGCGGGGCCGGUGAUCCCGAGCGAGCAAGCGGGCUGCGGGCCGCCACCCUCGGCCGGACCACGGCGAGCCCGUCCUGCGAGGCCAGCCGGCAUGUCCCCGGGGCGCCCGGUCCUUCCGGGACCGCUGUCCGCAGAGAGACGGAACCUGGACGCCGCGUGUUCGUAAGGAUGGAAAUGGUGUUUCGUUGCCAGACUUCUGGCUGCUGAAUGCCAUGAGCCCCUACUUGAUGAUGACAGACCUGUCACCGGCAUAGCCACAGCACAGCGAGGACAAGAGCAAGAGAAAAAGAAGUGUUUGCGUUUCGGCUCCGCGAGGAAGGCAUUCCGGCCACAGCCCGUGACACUGCCUGGCUUUCCGAGAUGAACCGCUACACAACCAUGCGGCAGCUGGGGGAUGGCACCUAUGGGAGCGUGCUGAUGGGCAAGAGUAACGAGUCCGGGGAGCUGGUGGCCAUCAAGAGAAUGAAGAGGAAGUUCUACUCUUGGGAUGAAUGCAUGAACCUGAGAGAAGUUAAGUCUCUGAAGAAGCUUAACCAUGUCAACGUGAUUAAACUGAAAGAAGUUAUCAGAGAAAAUAACCAUCUUUAUUUUAUAUUUGAGUAUAUGAAAGAAAAUCUCUAUCAGCUAAUGAAAGACAGAAACAAACUGUUCCCAGAGUCAGUCAUCAGAAACAUUAUGUAUCAGAUAUUGCAAGGGCUGGCAUUUAUCCAUAAGCAUGGCUUUUUUCACAGGGACAUGAAACCAGAAAACUUGCUUUGUAUGGGGCCAGACCUUGUGAAAAUCGCAGAUUUUGGACUUGCAAGAGAAUUAAGGUCACAGCCACCGUACACUGAUUAUGUGUCUACCAGAUGGUACCGAGCUCCUGAGGUUCUGCUGAGAUCGUCAGUGUACAGUUCUCCCAUCGACGUGUGGGCCGUGGGAAGCAUCAUGGCAGAGCUGUACACGUUGAGACCGCUCUUCCCGGGGACAAGUGAGGUUGAUGAAAUCUUUAAAAUCUGCCAAGUGUUAGGGACUCCCAAAAAAAGCGACUGGCCAGAAGGAUACCAGCUUGCCUCCUCCAUGAAUUUCCGAUUUCCCCAGUGUGUUCCCAUCAACUUAAAAACUCUCAUUCCCAACGCCAGCAGUGAAGCCAUUCACCUGAUGACCGAGAUGCUGAACUGGGACCCAAAGAAACGUCCAACCGCAAGCCAGGCACUGAAACACCCCUAUUUCCAAGUUGGCCAAGUGUUAGGCCCUUCCUUGAACCAUCUGGAAUCCAAACAGUCUUCAAAUAAGCAGCUGCAGCCGGUGGACUCAAAGCCUACGUCAGCUGAAAUGGAACCUAAGACUCUGCCGGAUGUAAGCGACCAGCCUGUCGGACCGCCCCAGCCAAAGCACAGCCACCAGCCUCUGCAGUCCAUUCAGCUUCUGCAGAACGUGGGAACCCCGCCACCCCCAAAGCAACAGGGUCAACAGAAAGCACCACUGUUCCCAAGCAUCAUCAAAAACGUGCCGGCUAAGCCCAGCGGCACACUGGGUCACAAAACCGCCAGGAGGCGCUGGGGUCAGGCUGUCUUCAAGUCUGGGGACAGCUGGGAGGAGUUUGAGGAUGGUGAUCUCGGAGCCUCCCAUUCCAAGAAGCCAAGCAUUGGUGUUUUCAAAGAAAAGAGGAAAAAAGAUCCUCCCUUUCGGCUUCAGGAGUCAGGACUCAUGGGCGCCAACCACCCGCCCAGGGACCCCAAGAGCGUGCCUGCCGCUGUCUCUCUCAAAUCCGAUUCUGAACUGGCAGCUGUGUCAGCACCUAAGCAGUACUACUUGAAACAGUCAAGAUACCUCCCAGGUGUAAAUCCCAAGCGUGUGUCUCUCCGAGCCGCCGGGAAGGACGUCAACUCUUACGCCUGGAAUAAUCAGCUGUUUCCCAAGUCUCUGGGAGCCGUGGGAGCAGAAGUCGCUUUCCAAAGGAAUAAUGCAGAAGAAAGCAUAAUAAAACCCAUUGAAAAGCUAUCAUGCAAUGAAAGCUUUCCUGAAAUAGUACAGGAUCCACAAGGAAAUCUCGGCGGUUACACUACUUACAGCCAGUCAGGAUACAUCCCUUCCUUCCUCAAAAAAGAAGUUGGGUCAGCCGGCCAGAGGAUCCACUUGGCGCCCCUUGGCGCCGCAGCUGCUACAGAAUUCAGCUGGAGCACGAAGCCUGGCCACGGGCAGUUUUCGAGGCCCGCGUACAGCCCGGGCACCAAGAACCUCCCCAUCGUGAUGGGCGCCCCGCCGGUGCCCUCAGUGCCCGCGAGGACGGACUGGGCGGCCAAGUAUGGGGGCCACCGCUAGGGCCAGGACCUCCCGGCCCCCCGGCCAUGGCCCCGCAGAGGGCGAGCUCGACCCUGACCCGGGGCAGCGUCCACAGUGGUCCAGUCCUCCGAGUCCUGGAAGAACGACGCGCAGCGGGCACCUCCGAGGGCACAGAGCACCUCCUGUAUUGUUCUCCCCUAGAGAUGAAACGCUCUUCCCUAGCAUCGCGGCCCACCCUGCUGAUAAACGGGCCGGACCUUACAAAGUAUUGAAUAAACUAUUUGCCAAAGUAUCAAGUAUUUGAUCGACCACUUACUAGGUAGUCAGUACCCUAAGCAGCUUUAUUUAAAAACCUCCACAAAGGGGGUGUCCAGAGUGGCUUUGCUGCAGCCUGGCCUAACCUGUUUGAUGUUCCCUGCUGUGCAGUGACCUCUGGGGCCAGGCUCUGCACCCCUAAGAUGAUGCCAGAGGGACUGUCACUGUCCGUCAUUCUUCUGCUUUGAAACUGCGAGAUCAGUGACAGCUCCGGCCGGGAGCAGACUCAUCCUCAGAAACAAACGUGUGUGUGACCCGAGCAGAACCCAGUGACGCCGUGGACCUCACAGCAGCGGGUUCCCUGUGACUGCCAGACCAGUGGCUAAGAAACCUGGCUCACUCAACUUGGGAAUACCGUGUCCCAGUGUCCCCGGCCACACAGCAGCCACAGAGAUGAGUGUGCCAGCUGGACCCCAAGGCAAAGCCCUCUGCUCCAGCCUGCUGGGACGCCCAGUUCUGCUCGGAGCUCAGGCCCCCGCCCGCCUCAGCGGUGCGCUCUUCAAUAAAUUUAUCCCAUCCUUUUUCUUAGUUUUAUUCCUCUGUUCGUGUUUAAAAUCGACUCGGAACCUAGGACUCUUUGUCUUUACGGAUGGGGCCUGAGUACUGUGCAUUCUUGGAAGGAAGGGUAAUGUCACCAACUGUGAUGCUUUUGUGUGUUAUGACUUGGUACCAAAGGCUGAGGUGACACAUAUCUUCUCGUGGGCAUUGUCACAGGCAGGCAGUAAAAUUCCUGUGUGCAGAGGGGUCAGAUGUUCAGAAUUCACGUGUUAAAGUCUAAGACUGAUUUAUCCUUGCAGAAAUGGGGUAUUUGUACAGUUUUAAUGUCUCAAAACUUAUAAUUCUUUGUAUUUUUCCUUGGAAAACUGUGAAUAUUUAAAUAAAUAUAGCUAAUUAAUCUUUC